AUGUUCUCUACUCGCCUUUACACCAUCGUGUUCCUCGCCGUUGGCGUCGCAGUCGAGGCGGUCCCCGCUCCGAUGAAGCGCACGGACGCAACUCCCGCCCUGGUGGCGCGCGAGCCUCAGUUUUCCGCAAACAUCCCCAACAACAUCCCCGUCUCCGGCACGUUCCCGAACGGCAUCACUAUCACACCGCAGACGCCUUCGGGAAGUAUCAUCACGGGCAACAACAACUCUACUCUUUUCGGCCAGUUCGGCUUCAAGCGCGAUGGCGACCUCGACGCCCGCCAGUUCAACUUCACGCUCCCGAACCAACUUCCCGUCGCGGGCACGCUGCCCUUCGGGCUUACUGUGACGCAGGGCGCUCAGAACAGUACCGUUGGUCUACCCUCGGGUUUCCCAUUCAAGCGCGACGGUGACUUCGAUGCUCGUCAAUUCAACUUUACGCUGCCCAACCAACUUCCCGUCGAGGGUACACUCCCGUUCGGUCUCACCGUCACGCAGGGUGCUCAGAACAGCACUGUCGGUCUGCCCGCGGGUUUCCCGUUCAAGCGUGAUGGCGACGUCGAGGCCCGCCAAUUCAACUUUACCCUGCCCAACCAACUGCCCGUCGCCGGAGAAUUGCCCUUCGGCCUCACUGUUACCCAAGGAGCGCAGAACAGCACGGUCGGCCUUCCUGCGGGCUUCCCCUUCAAGCGUGAUCUCGACGCUCGCCAAUUCAACUUCACGCUCCCUAACCAGCUCCCUGUCGCUGGCACGCUGCCCUUCGGCCUAACCGUCACUCAAGGCGCACAGAACAGCACCGUUGGCCUUCCCUCAGGCUUCCCGUUCAAGCGCGAGGACGGUGUCGAGGCGAGGCAGUUCAACUUCACGCUUCCGAACCAGCUUCCCGUUCAGGGCACUCUUCCGUUCGGUUUGACGGUUACGCAGGGGUCGCAGAACAGCACUGUCGGUCUCCCCUCGGGCUUCCCGUUCUAG